AUGACGCGCGCGACGCUUUUUUUAUCCAGUCCUACAACCUGCUACAACUCCAAACUGCUUUCCGUGGAUUGUAUCAUGCGCUUGUUGAAGCCGGGUUGUUGAAAGCACAGUUGAUUUAAUUGCAGUAAAGCGGGAUUUGGCGCUGCGACCUGUUUUGCAAGAUCUUCAACGUCUGCAGAGGAUGACGAAGGCGGAGUGUGCAAGGGCGGGUCCCCUGGGGCGGUAGUCCGGGGAGGGGGAGUGUGGCAGGAUGGACUACGACUUCAAGGUGAAGACGGCCGGGGUUCGGGCCAAGGUGGAGGACCUCUUUGAGUAUGAAGGCUGCAAGGUGGGCAGGGGCACCUACGGGCACGUCUACAAGGCCAGGCGCAAGGACGGGUCUGACACCAGGGACUACGCCCUGAAACAGAUCGAAGGCACUGGCAUCUCCAUGUCUGCUUGUCGAGAAAUUGCGCUUCUCCGAGAGCUGAAGCACCCCAAUGUCAUCAACCUCCAACGGGUGUUCCUGUCCCACAACGACCGCAAGGUCUACCUCCUCUUCGACUUUGCCGAACACGACCUCUGGCACAUCAUCAAGUUCCACCGGACGGCCAAGGCCAACAAGAAGCAGGUGCUGGUGCCUCGAGGCAUGGUCAAGUCUUUGCUCUACCAAAUCCUGGAUGGAAUCCACUACCUCCACUCCAACUGGGUCCUGCACAGGGACCUGAAACCGGCAAACAUUCUUGUAAUGGGUGAAGGUCCAGAGAGAGGCAGAGUGAAGAUUGCGGACAUGGGGUUUGCGAGACUGUUCAACUCUCCGCUGAAACCGCUGGCCGACCUUGACCCCGUGGUGGUAACCUUCUGGUACCGGGCCCCAGAGCUCCUCCUGGGGGCACGACAUUACACCAAAGCCAUCGACAUCUGGGCCAUUGGGUGCAUCUUUGCGGAGCUGCUCACGUCCGAGCCCAUCUUCCACUGCCGCCAGGAGGACAUCAAGACGAGCAACCCGUACCACCACGACCAGUUGGACCGGAUCUUCAACGUCAUGGGCUUCCCCCACGAAAAAGACUGGGAGGACAUCAAGAAGAUGCCCGAGCACCACACCCUGAUGAAGGACUUCAAGCGAUCCAGCUAUGCCAGCUGCUCCCUGGUCAAGUACAUGGAGAAGCACAAGGUGAAGGCGGACAGCAAGGCCUUUCUCCUGCUCCAGAAGCUGCUGCUGAUGGACCCCACCAAGCGGAUCACGUCGGAGCAGGCCAUGCAGGACCCCUACUUCUUGGAGGACCCUGUCCCCACCCAGGACGUGUUUGCCGGCGUGCCCAUCCCCUACCCCAAGAGGGACUUCCUGACAGACGAGGAGCAGGAGGACAAGUCCGACGCCAGCAAGACGGCGGCCGCCAACAACCAGGGUGGCAACCAGGAUAACAACAACCACGGCCCCAGUGCCAAGCGGGUGCGCAUGGCACCGCCGCCGCCCACCACGACGGCGGGCAACCAGAUCCAGGGUUACAAUAAAAAUUAUCAUGAUUUCAAGAAGCCAGAGACCCACGGCGGCCUGGGGUCGGGUGUGCAGUCGGCGCAGCCACCGGUCCUGACCUUCACCUCGGCUGGCGGUACGAGUCAGCAGUCGGGGCCGCCCACCUUCUCGCAGCGCUUCUGAGACGAUGCCCCGGGGCACCGAGGACGACCGGCUUGAACGGCUCCACUCCGUGUGCCACUUAUCGUUCGUUUCCAAGAUGGAAAGACUUGCGUGUUUAGGUUUACCCAAUUGCACCUCGUGUUUUAUUUCUGUUUCGUCUCUCUGAAUGUUUUUAAGAGAAUGAAAGUGUGAAAGCGA